AUGUUACAGUAUAUACAUGUGGUCUCGCUCUCACAGCAGAAAAUAUGUUUUUUUUUUGUUCUCCUUCUUCUUCCAGCAGCAUUCAUACCGAAAUCUCAUUACGACUUUGACAUUCUUCCUUCAUUUCUUUUUCUUUCAUUUCUUCUUUCUUUCUUUAUUUCAUUAUUUCUUUCUUUUCUUUUAUCUUUCUUCCUUUCAUUCCUUCUCUAUUUCGUUCUUCAUUUUUUAUUUAUCCUUUCAUUCCUUCGUUCCUUCGCCCCUUUCUUUCUUUCUUUUUUUCAUUCUUUCUUUCUUUCUUUCUUUCUUUCUUUCUUUCUUUCUUUCUUUCUUUCAUUCUUUCUUUCGUUCGUGGUAUGUAUGUAUGUAUGUAUGCAUCUAUCUAUCUAUCUAUCUAUCUAUCUAUCUAUCUAUCUAUAUAUAUAUAUAUUUAAAUCUAUCUAUCUAUCUAUCUCAGUCUGUUCAUAUGUAUACAUCUAUUUCAGUCUGUCCAUAUCUAUCUAUCUAUCUAUCUAUCUAUCUAUCUAUCUAUCUAUCUAUCUAUCUAUCUAUCUCAGUCUGUCUAUCUAUCUAUCUAUCUAUAUAUUUAAAUCUAUCUAUCUAUCUAUCUCAGUCUGUUCAUAUGUAUACAUCUAUUUCAGUCUGUCCAUAUCUAUCUAUCUAUCUAUCUAUCUAUCUAUCUAUCUAUCUAUCUAUCUAUCUAUCUCAGUCUGUCUAUCUAUCUAUCUAUCUAUAUAUUUAAAUCUAUCUAUCUAUCCCAGUCUGUUAUUUAAAUCUAUCUAUCUAUCUAUCUCAUCUAUCUAUGUAUCAUAUGUAUACAUCUAUCUCAGUCUGUCCAUCUAUCAUAUCAUAUCUAUCUAUCUAUCUAUCUAUACAUUUAAAAUCUAUCUAUCUAUCUAUCUCAUCUGUUAUCUACAUCUAUCUCAUCUGUUCAUAUGUAUACAUCUAUUUCAGUCUGUCCAUAUCUAUCUAUCUAUCUAUCUAUCUAUCUAUCUAUCUAUCUAUCUAUCUAUCUAUCUCAGUCUGUCUAUCUAUCUAUCUAUAUAUAUAUAUAUAUAUUUAAAUCUAUCUAUCUAUCUAUCUAUCUAUCUAUCUAUCUAUCUAUCUAUCUAUCUAUCUAUCUCAGUCUGUUCAUAUGUAUACAUCUAUUUCAGUCUGUCCAUAUCUAUCUAUCUAUCUAUCUAUCUAUCUAUCUAUCUCAGUCUGUCUAUCUAUCUAUCUAUCUAUAUAUUUAAAUCUAUCUAUAUAUCUAUCUCAGUCUGUUUAUAUGUAUACAUCUAUUUCAGUCUGUCCAUAUUUAUCUAUCUAUCUAUCUAUCUAUCUAUCUAUCUAUCUAUCUAUCUAUCUAUCUAUCUCACAAAUUAUCUCUUUCUCUCUUCUCUUUAUCAAUAUCUAUCUAUCUAUCUAUCUAUCUAUCUAUCUAUCUAUCUAUCUAUCUAUCUAUCUAUAUGA